AUGUCUAGUUUGAAUGCUUUCCUUGAGAAAAAAGUUGCAGUUAUAACGACAGAUGGUAAAUACUUCAUAGGAACACUUCAAGGUUAUGAUAACCUAACCAAUUUGAUACUCUCAGAAACAACAGAGAGAAUAAUACUGCAGGAUGAAGAUAGCAUAGUGGAGGAAUUGGGUCUAUAUGUGAUACGAGGUGACUUGGUAUCUUGUGUUGGCCUUAUAGAUGAAGAGAUAGAUAAACAGAUAGAUUGGACAAAAGUAAAAGGAGAACAACUACAAAAGACAAAGAAAUCGAUACAGUGA